CUUGAGGCGAAGGCCAAAUUCAUCGAGCCAGAGCCAUGCCACGGUAGCGAUGGAGGGGACGACGUGGAGGGGACGAGCCACGUGGCGUCAGACGUAGAUUCGACUACGUAGAAGGUUCGAGCAGCUCACGAAGCUUAAAUAGUCGAACGACGUUAAGGAAAUGGUGUAAUCGAAUCUUUCUCUGAGUUCUUUCUCUCUCUGUAUUUAACCGUGCUUCUCUUCCUUCUUCUUGAGUGUGUGAAUCUGUUCUUGUGUCAGUUGAAUUCCCAUCGAUUUGUUGUAGCUGGAAGUGAUAUCGACUGAUACUGAGCUUUUCCGAUAAGCUUGAGUACGUUCAGAUCAUUGACGGAAAAUGGCAUCACAAGCGCGUCAAAACUCCAAAUUUCUUAUCCUUGUCCCAACUAGUGAGCGUUCUACUUUAUAUCUCAUUCUUAGAUCCUCCUGUUUGAUUUAAAUUGUCGGUGAAUUUCCGGCCAAUUCAGCUCCUAACUUUGUUUUAGCCUUGUGAUAAACUCCUGAAGUCUAUUUUCUUGGUUAACUUGUAUGACACUGGAAAUUCUGUCUAUGGUUUAAAGACUGAACAAGAAGCUCGCAACUUCAAUCGCUGCGGAACCUUUAUAAAGAGGGGAAAAAGUUUUUCCUUUUUGUCCCUCUCAUUACUUACAUGACACUUUUUGCUUGUCUCAGAUAAUUUGCUCAAAAAGGAAAAAGUGUAUCCCUGUUAUUCAUCGCUGAUCAUUAACUGAUGAGAACUUUUUCCUUUUUCUUGGCAUUGCUGAAGGAUUAUAAUGAAGCUGAGUUUUUACCCGGUCGAUGUGACACUGCAGCCAUUGCCGCUCUGGUAUUGCAAAAUUAUCAAUGUUAUCUGAUUCGGCAACUAGCUCAGGAGAUUAGGGAGUUGACCUUAUCCAAUCCUGCAGUCACCUUCAACUGCAAUUGUUCCUGUAACGGGAGUUAUGCAUCUUACCUUUUACCAGCCGCUGCAUUAUUAGCUGUGGGAUUUUGUUACAUGUGGUGUAAGGGAUGGUCAUUUUCUGAUGUAAUAUCUGUGACAAAGCAAUUGGAGAAUUUGCCUGAAAAAAUAGAUUCAGCUAGAGGGCAUCUAACAGAGAAGCUAGAAGUUUUGAGCCUGAAAGUUGAGGAGCAAAAUGAGUUAAACCAGCUUAAUGCUAAUGAUGUGAAUGAAAUGAAGUUAAAACUUUCACAAAUUCAGCUUGAAGCCACCAAUGAAAAGAUUUCCGGGAUGGAUGAAAAGCUCAAGCUUGCUGAAAGCAAACAGGAUAUGACUAUCGCAGCCGUCUGGCGUCUGGGCCAAAUUACUGCUGAAUCUUACGAGGAGCGAGACAGAAAAAUCUCAGAGGGAGUCAGCGCAGAACAGGGGGAAUCAUCAACUUUGGGUUUGCAGAUGAUUGGUGAAGAAGGCACCAGUUCGAAAACAGUCAUACAAAGACCAUAUCAGAUUAAAGUUCCUUAGGAUGGGGAAACCAUGAGUGUGAUUAGAGGAUAAAUAUCGGCAAUUGAUUUUUCAAAAGAAUUUUGAAUUUUGCGAAAGUCAGUCAAUUAUACAAGUAUUUAAUUCUACUGGGGGAUUGGUGGUAAAACUUUAGAAAAUUAUAGGAGUAUCUUAAUUGCAUCUCAGCUAUUUGAUAGAACUAAGGGUAAACAUUUGGCUGUAGAGAUGGUUUAAGGAAUUUUGGCUGGAGCCCUUUGCUUCAGAUUCAAUGAUUCAUGAGAACUUCCUGGAAGUAUGAAGUUUUGGCAAUUUUUUAAGCAAGGACCGGUUGUCUUGACUGAUAAGUCAACCAAUUAGACUUAAAA